AUGGCGAUGCAUGCUGCAUAAGUAAGAAAAUUUCUUGCUUUGCAAAUCCUGACACAGAUGUAAAAGUUGCAACCAUAGAAGACAAAAUACUUACCGGGAUAGAUUUUGUUGCAUUUAGAAGUGGAGUGCUGAAUACAGAAAAUUAUCCCAUCACGGAUUCUCCAACUACUGAUCCAAGGUAUGCUUUAUAUCAGAAGAAUCACCAUGCGAGCCUAGAAUUCGAUGAGAAAGGUAUUGAUGAUGGAAAGAAAGUAUCUCAUGGUUCUAUUCCAUGGCAAAAUGUUGAUAUUUAUGCUGACUAUGAUGAAACUGCGCAACAGUGUGAGAGCUUUAACAUUCCUAUUCCAUCUAAGAAUAAGAGUUCAACUGUCAAAGAAAGGACAUUUGUGGGACUUUGUGAAUCUGAGAAGUUGAUUCACUUGAGCUGCAAUCUUUCCAGAAAGUAUAAGAUGGGCAGCAAGAUGAAACCAUUGUGUGGAAAAUAUGAGUCAUUGGCAGCUAGGUUUGAGAAACUCGUGAGCCAGUGCUCAGUCGAUUCUGUUGAUACUAAAUGGCAUGAUCCAAGUUAUGAUAUCAACAAUUUGGGAAUUCCUGGUGAAUAUAGUUUGGAAUUCGAUGAUUCUCUUCUGAUGUCCAAUGUCCAAACUUAUGGUUCAGGAAAUGCUAAUAGUGUUCAAGAGGAUAGUAACAUUCCUUUGACCCCGUCAGCUCACAAGUAUAGCCUGAAAAAGCUGUCACGAAGAACCGGAUCUAAUUUGGAGUGUAUGGGUUCUAUACCAGAACAUGCAUGCUUUCAAAUUCAUGAAGAUAGUAAUAUUGCAGAAGAAAAUGAGAACAAAGAGGUGCUACCUGGAUGUCCUGGUACAAAUUAUUUGACCCAAGAUCUGACUGACAGAAAACCACUUGACCAUCUUACUAGCUCCUGCCGAAGCAGAGAAAAAAAACCCUCUUUUCCCACAAGAUAUGUGGAUGUAGGCAGGCCUUGUUUGACAACCCCAAAAGCUUACCGUAUGGAUCCUGAUCGCCAUUUGCAUAUCAGAACUGACCAAGCAAUGAAGAACCCAAAGGAGAACCAUGCUUCUUCAAUUAGGAAAGGAGAAGUGUCACAACCCCUCCAUGACAGAGAAAGCAGGGCAGCACUUCUGAACAGAAAAAAUCCAAGACACAGAAGCAAGACAAAUCUUGGGAAAGGAUGGAAACCAUUUGUACCACUUGUAAAACAGAAUCAACAAUUUAGAACAGCAUGUGUAAAAGAAGAUAUUAGAGUGAAGGCACUUUAAGCAGCUGAAGCUGCAAAGCGUUGCCAAGAGAAGAAGCAAAAUGAGAGAGUCGCGUGCAAAGCAGCGGCAGGACUAGAGUGUGAAAGAGCAAAGCAAGCGGGGGAACAAAAACAAAAACAAGCCGGGCAGAAGAAUAAAAUAGGCACAGAUGUUGUUACUAGGAAGAGGCGGAGGGGAGAUGAAGAAAAUAAAGAAAAUGGAAGAAAAUAGAAAUGUGCAGAAGGGGCACAGAUACCAGAGCAGCAGGUGGAUCGAAUGCAUGCUACACAUGGCAAAAAAGAUGGUUGUCGGAACAAUUAUGAUGACAAAGAGCCAAGAAAUGAUUUAGUUGGAGGGCUCAAACACGAAUUAGUACCUGGUGAAAGGACAGAAUCUGUCCAUAGAUUUAUGGCAUCUGAAAGCAACAACCUCGCAAAUGGGAGGUCUAAAAGUUCUACACUUCAGGUGCAGGAAAGCUUCUCAGAUGCUGUUGAUAAGUCCUAUGUAAUGUCUCCAUGUAAAGAUUCUGAUGAAGAGGACAGCGAGGACUUGGAGCAUGAAGAGGAACCAAGGUGUAGAAGGAAAUUGAUUCCAUCAUGGUCUCGCCAAGAAAACUUGGAUAAAAUCUUGCUAUCCAAUCAGUCUAUGGACCCAUCAGAAAUUUUCGCACGCAAUGGUUGUUUCAGUUUAUCUGAUGUUCUUGCACUCCAUGUUCCUCAACGACUAUUCAAUUAGUUGGCUGUUUGAGAAGCUGAGAAAGUACUGAAGGUAACCUAUUUAUCAGGGAGUAGAUUACCCUAGAUGAGCAAUUCGAAGAGCCACGUUUCUGCAUGUGCAACCUGUUUGCCCAAUUAUAAAGACCCGGGUGGAUGUAGAAAGAUCUUCCUAAAUGAUCUUCAGGUAAUCAACAAAACAAGCUGUUGCAUUUUGCGAUGCCUAAAGGUAGGAAGGCCAUCAUUCAGAACACGUGAGUUGUGAAUUCGCAACCUUGUUAGCACCCAGCAGUAU